AUGGUCCAGUCAAACCCUCCUGCAGUACCUGCUUUGAUUCCCAGGAAAUUGCUUUUCGGUAACCCCGAUAAGGCCUCGCCGCAGAUAAGUCCUGACGGAACAUACCUUAGUUACUUGGCUCCGGUCGACGGUGUCCUCAACGUUUGGGUGGCACCUGCCGAUAACCCAGGCUCGGCCAGGUCCAUCACAAGUGAUACAGGACGCGGGAUUCGCCUGCACGGCUGGACUUACAACGGAAACCAGGUCGCUUACCUCCAGGACAGCGGAGGGGACGAGAACUGGCACAUAUACACGGUCAACGUGGACUCCGGCGAGUCCAGAGACAUCACUGCCAUUGAAGGCGUCCGGGCUCAGAUCCAGGAAGCCAGCCCCAAACAUCCGAAACACCUCCUCGUUGGACUGAACGACCGGGAUCCUCAGUUCCACGACAUUUAUCGUGUUGACCUUGAUUCCGGCAACCGCACUUUGGUACAACAGAACGACGGAUUCGCAGGAUUCGUUACGGAUGACGAUCUCAACAUACGCUUUGCCGCCCGACUAACUCCCGACGGAGGUUCCGAAUACCUGCAAAAGUCGUCGGAUGGGAAUUGGAUACACUCGUUCACCAUCGGAAUGGAAGACUCAGUAACCACCUCGCCACUGGGUUUUGACAACACGGGCCGGAUCCUGUUCCUGGUCGACAGCCGGGGACGUGAUACAGCCGCGCUGAAGUCGAUAGACCUGGAGACGGGCACGGAAACGGAGUUGGCUUCAGACUAUCGCGCCGACGUGGACGACACCUUGAUCCACCCCACGGAAAAGACCAUUCAAGCCGUCUCUUUCAACUACGAACGCAAGAGGUGGCAAGUGCUGGAGGAAGCCUUAACCGCCGACCUGGAAUACCUGUCUACCGUCGCCGAAGGAGACAUGGAGGUCGUUAGUCGCACCCUGGACGACAGUUGCUGGAUAGUUGCCUAUUUGCUGGAUAACGGCCCGGUACGUUAUUACCGGUAUCUUCGGCAAGAGCGGGAAGCUCAAUUUCUUUUCACCAACCGGCAUGCCCUCGAGGAUCUGCCCUUGGUCAAAGUCCACCCCGUCACAAUCCAGGCCCGUGACGGGCUGGACCUGGUCUGCUAUUACUCCUUGCCCCUGGAAGCCGACCCGCAUCAAAUUGGCACAACACCGGAGUCCCUGCCCAUGGCUCUGCUGGUUCACGGCGGCCCCUGGGCGCGGGAUUCCUGGGGCUACAAUCCUGUUUACCAGUUGCUGGCUAACCGAGGGUAUGCUGUGCUGAGCGUGAACUUUCGCGGUUCCACGGGUUUCGGAAAGAACUUUAUUAAUGCCGCCAACCAUGAAUGGGGCGGCAAAAUGCACAAUGACCUGAUUGACGCGUUGAAUUGGGCCAUAGACCAGGGAAUCGCCGACCCGGAGCGCGUAGCAAUUAUGGGCGGCAGUUACGGCGGUUAUGCCACACUUGUCGGUAUGACCUUUACACCGGAAGUAUUCGCCUGCGGAGUUGACAUAGUGGGCCCCUCUAACCUGGUUACCCUGCUGAAUACUGUCCCCGCCUACUGGCAACCCAUGAUCGACCUGUUUACCAGCCGCGUGGGUGACCACCGCACCGAAGAGGGAACCGAGUUCCUGCUAGAGCGCUCUCCCCUUUCCUAUGUGGACAACAUUUGCCGGCCGCUUCUCAUCGGCCAGGGCGCUAACGAUCCGAGGGUCAAGCAGUCCGAGUCGGACCAGAUAGUUCAGGCAAUGCAAGAUAAGGAGAUUCCCGUAACCUACGUCCUUUAUCCAGACGAAGGCCAUGGGUUUGCCAGGCCGGAAAACAAUCUUUCCUUCUUUGCAGUGGCCGAAGCCUUCCUGGCACGGCACCUGAGUGGCCGGUACGAGCCUGUCGGUGACGACCUGACGGGAGCGUCCAUUACGGUUCCGGCGGGCCUGGAGGGUAUUCCAGGACUGACCGAAGCGUUAGGAUAA